UGUCAGGGGCGGUCGCCAGCAUUUAACGCCAUAGCAUCCACUUUUGAGAAGCCUAAAGAUAGGAACCUUUCAACCCCACCUCCAAUUGUGAGAAAAGUGUAUCCAAAAUCAGGGACAACAAACUUGAAUACUCUUUCUCUUGGUCUUGGAUCUAAGUCUUCAGCCAUAGCUCGGCUUACUUCUAGUUUUGAAAUGCCUUCAGCACGGGGAAAGUUGAUACCUCAGUCGCUUAGAGUGACUUCCAAUACACUCAAAUCAAACCCAAAAAGAAGUGAUAGUGAGGAUUCUAUGAGCAGCGGAUUAGAAUCUCUUACAGAGGAAGAUGCAAAAGAAGGUGAAGCUGACGACGAUGAAGGACUCCCAGUUUAUCCGUAUGGUAGCGUUAACACAGCUUCUAGCAAUCCAGUACCAGACAACGAGAGGCUUAUCUGUCGGCAACAGAGUUCAAGAAAAACUUGGCAUGACGAAGACUGA